UCCUUUUAGGUCUCCUGCUAGCGACUUUAGUCCAAAAAUAAGUAUCGGAACAGAAUGGAAAUCUCGACCCGCACCAAGAAGUAACAGAGACGACGACUUCCACAUUUCAGUUGUCUUCUUCUUCGUUCCAUUUUCUCUGAAAAAAAUCCCCACCAAAUAUCCAAAAACAAGCAUUCCCUCUCCCCGAUUUUUCAUUAUAUAUAUAUACAUAUACAGGCGCAUAUACAUAGGACGGCUUGAUUUGCGUGUGAUCGCUUGAGUACUCAGAUGAAUAACAAUUCGACGUCGCAGUACAUGGACAAGCAGAUCAUGGAUCUAUCCAAUUCCCAGGGCCCUGCUGCUACUAACAACAACAGUAGCAGCAGUAACAAUGACUUCAUCGAUUUCAUGAACCGUCCGCCGGAGAAGAAAGACGACAUCGUUCCCAGCUAUGAUUUCAUGCCGAUUCGAACCGCAGUCGGACCGUCUUCGCCGACUGUCGCCCGGUCUUCGAAUUUUGAUUCCGGUGACGAUGAUGCUCCCCACAGGACGUGGAAUUCUUUUGAUUCCAAACCAAAUGCCUCUUCAAUCAGGAAUUACAGUUCUCUUGAUGCUGAUGAACCUGCCAAAUUUAUUUUGGGGAAGAAUCAUAAACCUAGCAAUGUGCCUUUGGAUGUGUCUUUGGUUUCCGAGAUUGAUAAGACAAUGAAAAAGUAUAUGGAGAAUCUUAUGCAUGAAGUCGAUAAGAUGAGUGCACGAUUAUCACAAUUGGAGACAAGAACUCGCAGCCUGGAAAAUUCCAUUGAUGAUCUAAAGGUGUCUGUUGGGAGCAACUGCGGCAGCACUGAUGGAAAAAUGAGACUCUUGGAGAAUAUUUUGAGAGAGGUGCAAACAGGCGUACAGGUGAUAAGGGAUAAACAAGAAAUAGUAGAAGCUCAAUUGCACAUUGCUAAGCUGCAGGUUCCGAAGGUGGAACAGGUUGACAGCAAGAACACUGCACACACUGAUUCUUCGCAGACAGGAGUACCUGCUCCCCAGCAGUUCUCUACUGCUUCUGUGACACAGCCACCUCCAACUCCACCUCCAUCUAAUGCUCCUCCACCGCCUCCACAGCAGAACUUACAACCUCAGGUUCAGCUUCCUAACCAGUUCCCCCAAAACCAAGUUCCUCCUGUCUCUCAGCGUGAGUCUUACUUUCCCCCAUCCAGUCAACCUCCAGAAAACCCAAGUCAGCAGUACCAAAUAUGCCCACCACAGCAGCAGCUGCAACCUGCCCCUCCCCCACCCCAGCACCAAUAUCAGUCACCUCCUCAGCCACAUUACUCUCAGCCUCCGCCGCCUUCUCAACCACACCCUCCAUUCUCAGCUGUUAACCCCUCUCUACCUCAGCCACCAUUAGGUCAUCAUCCUGAAGAAACACCAUAUAUGCCAGCCCAAACUUAUUCAGCAGGUAUUCGCCCACCUUCCUCUCAUCCAUCCACUGGAGUUCCUCCCCCUACCUCUCAACAAUACUAUGGUGCUACUCCCAAUGUGUAUGAGCCUCCAUCCAGCAGGCCUGGUCCAGGAUAUUCUGGUUCUUUUGGUCCAUCAUCCACUCAUGGGGAACCAUAUCCAUACAGCAGCUCUCCAUCAAAGUACGGUGGUGGUUCCCCUAUAAAACCCCAGCAUCUUUCUUCUUCUGGUAUGGGCCAUGGUGGUGGCAGUGGUCAUCCACAGCUACCUACUGCCAGAAUAUUACCUCAGGCAUUGCCAACAGCCUCUGCAGUAGGUGGUGGGUCUGGAUCUGGUGGUGGUUCUGGGAACAGGGUUCCUAUCGAUGAUGUGGUUGACCGAGUGACAAAUAUGGGAUUUCCAAGAGACCAAGUGAGGGCAACAGUUCGCAAGUUAACAGAAAAUGGGCAAGCGGUUGAUUUGAAUGUAGUCUUGGACAAGUUGAUGAAUGAUGGGGAUGGACAAGCUCCACGAGGUUGGUUUGGCCGGUAAUAGGGUUACUUUUGUAGAAUUUGAAUUACCCAUUUCUGAGUUAACUCUGCUGAAAAAGAUAACUUCUCCUGUAAUUUGCUUCUACACUGUUUGCAUUUUUUUUGUUAAUAGAGGUGUUCAUAAAACCUUUAUUCUUGUCUGUCAUUGUGACUUGUUGCUGUGAUUCUCCGUUUUCCUUUUUCUGGAGUGGUAUUUCCAGAUAUAUAUAUAUAUUCCUAACUUCUAA